UCUCCAACAUGGCGGCUCCCCAAGAUGUCCACGUCCGGAUCUGUAACCAAGAGAUUGUCAAAUUCGACCUGGAGGUGAAGGCGCUUAUCCAGGAUAUUCGUGAUUGUUCGGGACCUUUAAGUGCACUUACCGAACUGAAUACUAAAGUGAAAGAGAAAUUUCAACAGUUACGUUACAGAAUACAGGAGCUUGAGCAGUCGGCUAAAGAGCAAGACAAAGAGUCAGAGAAGCAACUUCUACUCCAGGAAGUGGAGAAUCACAAAAAGCAGAUGCUCAGCAAUCAGACCUCAUGGAGGAAAGCUAAUCUCACUUGCAAAAUUGCAAUCGACAAUCUAGAGAAAGCAGAACUUCUCCAGGGAGGAGAGCUCUUAAGGCAAAGGAAAACCACCAAAGAAAGCUUGGCCCAGACGUCCAGCGCCAUCACAGAGAGCCUCAUGGGGAUCAGCAGGAUGAUGUCCCAGCAGGUCCAGCAGAGCGAGGAGGCCAUGCAGACUCUAGUCAAUUCUUCACGAACAAUCCUGGACGCAAAUGAAGAAUUUAAGUCCAUGUCUGGGACCAUCCAGCUGGGCCGGAAGCUCAUCACAAAAUACAAUCGCCGGGAGCUGACGGACAAGCUUCUCAUCUUCCUUGCUCUGGCCUUGUUUCUCGCUACGGUCCUCUACAUCGUGAAAAAGCGGCUCUUUCCUUUUUUGUGAGACCUCAAAGCUGCCAGCUUUGGCUCUUCCAGCUCCUGUGUCAGGGUCCUGAGCGCCAGCCCAGGCUGCCAGGCCGAGCCACAGCCGCGUUUGCUCCCGUUGCUCAGCAGGUCAGGCGGAAACGCAGCUGCCCGGUGCUCUGCAAGUGGCUUGUAGGGAGCGAGCCAAGCAACAGGGGCAGGCCUGUCCCUGUGACACCAUCAGGACACAGGGGUCCCUGAGCACUGUGGGUGCUGCCGGGUGGAGCACUCAGAGCCCAGCAGCCAGGAUGUGAUCCUCUCUCCCUGUCCCACUGAGCCCUAAACGCCAGAUCUGGUGGAGGGAAGAGAGAAGAGGUGGGAAGAAGGAUGAUGAAAACUC